CACGGGGCGUGUUUGCGUUUUACGGCCCCGGGAUGUUUUGCGAGAAAGCCAUCGAGUUGAUAAGAGAACUUCAUCGGAUGAGGGACGGGCAACUGCCCGCUUUCAACGAGGAUGGACUGCGGCAGGUUCUGCAGGAGAUGGAGGCCCUGUACGACCAGAACCAGAGCGACGUUAACGAGGCGAAGUCGGAGGGUCGGGCCGAGCUGAUUCCCUCCAUCAAGCUGCGCCACUGCUGCCUGCUGAGGAACCAGCGCUGCCUCGUCGCUUACCUGUACGACCGUCUGCUGAGGAUCCGAGCUCUGCGGUGGGAGUACGGCAGCGUGCUGCCCGCCAACGUCCGCUUCCACAUGUGUGCGGAGGAGCUGCAGUGGUUCGGUCAGUAUAAAAAGUCUCUGGCCUCCUUCAUGCGUUCUCUGGGCGGAGGCGAAGGUCUGGACAUCACUCAGGACAUGAAGCCUCCCAAGAGUCUUUACAUCGAGGUGAGGUGUUUAAAGGACCACGGAGAGUUCGAGAUCGACGACGGGACGGUGAUCCUGCUGAAGAAGAACAGUCAGCACUUCCUGCCGCGGUGGAAAUGUGAGCAGCUGAUUCGUCAGGGCGUCCUGGAGCACGUCGUGUCCUGAGGCGAGAGGGGGACCGAGCGACGAGCCCCAGGGACCCCCGCCCCGGGACUGACCGUGUACACCCGCCUGAGGAUUAUUUUCUGAUGAGAAAUAAAACAUUCUUUGC